GGAUCUGUGCUGUUCGCCUCAGGGUCGCCGUUUGAGAAUGUGGAAAUGGAUGGGCGAAUUUUCAAACCGGGUCAGGGCAACAACGCAUACAUCUUCCCUGGUGUAGCUCUUGGAGCGAUUCUUUUCAAGGCUAAACACAUACCGGACAAAGCGUUCUUACUGGCUGCACGAGUACGUUCAGUUUUUGUACCAUCGGGUUGUAUUCAAGAGCUCCGUGAUAUUCAGAGAUGUGCCGAAUUCGUGACAGAAAAAUCAUUACGCACGUAUGCACGCUUGUAUCCACGACUGAAGGAUAUUCGGGAACUUUCCGUACUAAUUGCUGUUGACGUAGGAAACUAUCUUUUCAAGCACAAUCUAGCCACUCUUCAUCCUGAGCCAGAAGAUAAGGAGAUGUUCAUUCGACAACAAAUCUAUUCUGUCGAAUACGAUGAACUGAUCAAUAAAACCUACGACUGGCCAUCCAAGGAUAUGAAACACGGAUUCCCCGUACCGGUCAUGGAACGAAGUUCUAUGGAUGAAGAAUAG